AUGGCUAUAACAACACCAUACAAUGUGUACUAUAUGACUUUUAUUUCAGGAUGUCCCUGGAUGGCUAUAACAACACCAUACAAUGUGUACUAUAUGACUUUUAUUUCAGGAUGUCCCUGGAUGGCAAUAACAACACCAGACAAUGUGUACUAUAUGACUUUUAUUUCAGGAUGUCCCUGGAUGGCUAUAACAACACCAUACAAUGUGUACUAUAUGACUUUUAUUUCAGGAUGUCCCUGGAUGGCUAUAACAACACCAUACAAUGUGUACUAUAUGACUUUUAUUUCAGGAUGUCCCUGGAUGGCUAUAACAACACCAUACAAUGUGUACUAUAUGACUUUUAUUUCAGGAUGUCCCUGGAUGGCUAUAACAACACCAUACAAUGUGUACUAUAUGACUUUUAUUUCAGGAUGUCCCUGGAUGGCAAUAACAACACCAGACAAUGUGUACUAUAUGACUUUUAUUUCAGGAUGUCCCUGGAUGGCAAUAACAACACCAGACAAUGUGUACUAUAUGACUUUUAUUUCAGGAUGUCCCUGGAUGGCAAUAACAACACCAGACAAUGUAUAUUGUACUUAUGACUCAAUGUGUUUAGGUGUAGAAUGUUGUCUUAAUGUCAAACUGUUCAUGUUCCUGUACACUGUUAAAGCCUAUGCUAGAUAUGAUCCAUGUGACUACAGGUUGAGUGUUGGAUUAGGAGACGACAGUUACUCAGUCCAAUUUGAUAUGGGAUAUGAUGGAGUAUCAGAUGAGAUAAUUACAGGAUUUGAUGUUGAUUUGCUGGAUCUUGUUUGCUUGAUAAAGUACGACAUUCAGAAGACAGAUAUUGGACUAAUUGCUUCAGUUGGUGUAGGGUUUUGUGACAGUUCUGACACUGAUAACUGUGUGGCUUUCAUUAGUCUCCUAGCUAAUGCUGUAUUGCCAUUACCAAUAUGUAAAACUGAUGGAACUAUCACAUGGCCUCAAGAUUGUAAGACUGUUGUUCCUGUAGAUAUAAUUUUUGUUAUUGAUGAAUCUGGCAGUGUUGGAGAAGAUCAUUUCAGAGAUUCAAUGGAUGCCUUGGUAAAUGCUGUUGAAAAACUGGCUAUUGCUGAAAACUUUGUUCGAGUUGGUGUCAGUUUAUUUGCUGGUACAGGAACGUCUAGGACAUUGUUACAACUGAACUCGGAGUAUGAUAAAGAGGCUGUCAAACAAGUUAUGAGUGAGGCAGUCUAUCAGAAAGGUUCACACACAGAAAUAGGGGAUGCCUUCCAGUAUGUCUGUGAUGAUAUGUUUGUACACUCCAAAGGUGACCGAUCCGAUGCCCAGAACUAUCUUAUUCUAUUAACUGAUGGCAAAUCUAAUUCUGGUGCAAAUCCAGUCAGAGUUCAGGCUGCAGCAUGUAAAGAUAAGGGAAUAAGAAUUGCUACUGUAGGGAUUGGAUCAAAUACAGAUGAAGAUUUACUGAAAGAAGUUGCCUAUUCUAUGCCUAAUUAUUAUCUAUCAACUGAUUAUGAUAAACUACCAGAAACUUUGCCUAAUCUGGUUAUUCAAACCAUGGAUUGUAGUACAGAGUGGGUUUUGAACUUUGAAUACAAAGACUAUUUUGAUCUAGAUGCCAUAAAAUCUAAAAUUGAAAAGGCAGCAAAGAACAAGUUACUGGAUGCUGUAGGAAAAUUACAAGAGGAAUUAUUUAAGGCACUUGGUCUACCAGAGGGUUUCUUACAAAGCACUGGACCAUGUGUGAGACCAGACAAAAUGAAAUUAUCUCAACUUAAAAAGGAGUUGGAGAAUAGAGGACUGAGUACAACUGGUUCUAAUGGAGAUCUUAUAUCCAGAUUGCAAAGCAAUGAUAGAAGAUGUGAAACACUUGGCACUACCUUGUAUUUACCAGAAAUUACCAAUCCCUGGUUGAAAGAUCAUCUGUACUACUCAAUAUCUAAUGACUGUCUACGUUUGGAUGUCUGUGUCGACAUCUCUUUUACUAUUGGUAGCUUUGAUUAUUCCAAAUCCUUCAAUGCUUUCCUUGAGCUAGACUUCUGCAAGUUUUUGAUUAAUUAUGGAAUUGAGUCAGAGACUAAAUCAGUAAUUCUCAUCAGCUACAACUGGGGUCAGAUAGAGAAACUAACAGUAACAAAGGAUUUUCAAGUACUACUUUCCGUUGAUAAAGAUACAUACAAGAAAGUAUUCAAACUAGAUUUUGGUUUGAGAAUAUGUUUUAAAGGUGACUGUGUGAUAGAUCAGAUGUUUUUAGAGGACCAUGAAAUACCAAUUCCUAUUUGUAAUGAAAAUUUCACAUUCUCAGGAGACUCAAUCCUUGCAUUAGUGCAAGCUAUUGGAGGUAAAAUGACUGAGGAUGUUUUUGAUAUGGUUCUGAAGUAUCUUGGACUUGAUAAACACUUUAAAACUGGACAAUGUAAUGUUCAAGAAGGACCAAAAGAUUGUCCUGUGACGAUUAACCCACAAAAGUAUCUACCAGCCAACAUCAGAACAAUGUUACAGUGUGAAAUGACAGAAAAUUGUUUUGGUUUGGAUUGCUGUAUAGACUUAUCAUUCCAACUACCACUGGGAGAUAGGAUGGUCACCUACCAUAUGGUCCGAGUACACAGUGAGAAGAAUGUUCUUUCUAUUGGAAAUGGUGAUCCAGCACCUGUAUCUAUUGAAUAUUCUAUUGACAAGAUGGAAGGCAGUCAGGGCUUCAUCAUUGAUGCCAAGAUCAUGAUAUGUUUUCCUAUUGAUGGUGAUUUGUUCUGUGCACCUGAUGGAGGAAUUCAUAUCUUAAAACAGCAAACAUUACCAAUUUGUUCUCAAGAGUUUUAUGACUGGUUAAAAGACUGUAAGACAGUUACACCAGCUGAUAUCAUAUUUGUUUUGGAUGAGUCUGGAAGUGUUGGCCAGGAGCAGUUCACUUUGGCCUUGGAAGCUAUAUCAGAGACCACAGACAAACUGGCCGUAGGGGAAAAUCUGAUUCGUGUUGGGAUGUCUAUGUUUGGAGGAACUGGCACCUCUAGAACAGGUUUUGACCUGGAUACCAGCUAUGACAAAACUGUAAUAAGUCAGAAUAUACUUAAGAUAUCCUAUAAUAAACAAGGAUAUACCGAUAUUGGUGAUGCUUUGAGGUAUGCAUGUGAAGACAUGUUUGUUUCCAGCAAGGGAGACAGAGGAGAUGAUGUAAAGAACUAUGUAGUGUUGAUGACAGAUGGACAGUCCAAUAGAGGGAGUACACAGACAGGAGUGAAUACCUGUAGAAAUAAUGAUGUAACAAUCAUAGCUGUGGGGAUAGGUGAUGGUAUUAGCAGGACUGAGUUGUUAUCUGUUGUACAGGAUCCUAACCAUUUCAUCAAUACAACUUAUGUUGAACUACACGAAACUCUACCGGACAUUGUUACAAAAUAUAUAGACUGUAGUGCAGAUAUUUCAUCUUUAAUUUCUGAUUGGUUAAAACAAGCUGAUAUGGAAGUUUUGGAUGGAGUAAAAGAAGGUGGGAAACAACUGAUACUAAAAAGGCUUGGCCUUUAUGAUUUUUUCAGUGGACCUUACUGUGACAGGGAGAGAAAACCCUUCACUCCAAAUGUUGGCGGAUGGAAUAAUGAGUGUCCAUUAGGAACAUUCGGAAUACAAGACCUACCAGACAACAUGGCAUGCCAUUUUAAGGACACUUGUACUGGAAUAGAAUGCUGUAUAGAUAUUCCUGGUCUUGGUCUAACCUUACAUCCAUUUAUCAUCAUAGACCCAUGUGAAUAUACAGUAAACUAUGGUGUCAACACAAUUAAUGAAACUAUCAGGCUUAUUAACUAUGAAUGGGGAAAAACAGAAAAGAUCAAUCUUGCUGGUGGUGUAAUACAAUUACAAAUGGUCAUUAAAAAACCUCAUGGGAUGAAAAAGUUUAUAAUGUACCUAUCAGCUAAAGCUUGCUUUGAAGAAAGAUGUGUUCCAGAUGUUAAGAUAUUUGAUGGAACAGAGAUUCCUCAGCCUAUCUGUGAUUUGUAUGCUGAUUACAAUUUUAAAGGUAAAACUAAGUUACUAUUCUAUAUGGUCAUUUCAUUAGGGAAAUUAGAAACUUAG